AAUAUACGUCGAAUGUUUAUCAACAAAAUUGACAAAUACCAAAAUAAACAUUUUUUUGAUGAAUUAUUAAUGAAGUAUAAUAAUAAUGUAAAAAAUUAUGAUAUUAACCAACAAAUUAAAUUUCACAAUUUCGAAGGAAUUUAUCGUUGUGUAAAAUUAUUAUGCAUUGCAGGAAGUGGGUUAAAUUGAAAAAGAGUAGUGAUUGGUAUGAAUUGGAAGCAGAAUCAAUUAAAGAUAUAAGGCAAUGUCUUGUACGAAUAAAUUUUGUUCAAAUAGCAUAUGCCUGCGAUAAUGAAAGAUUAAUAGCUAUAGACUCCAAAGGUAUAGCUUAUUACAUUGACUUAACGAAUGUACACCCAUCUUAUCAGAAACUUGGUUCUAUAGGACAAGCUUGUUUUGUAGCAUUCAAUCCUAUAGACAAUAGUGAAAUAAUAAUAGGUCUUACCACUGCUGACAUAAAGCUUAUGAAAAUACAUGCAAAUAUCAAAGAAUUCUGUUUAAUAUCAGGACACAAAUUACCACCAACAAAUAUCUCCUUUUAUAAGGAUUAUUGCUUAACGUUUUCUUACAAAGAAGUUAUAAUAUGGCAUUUAAAAUCUUUUAGUAAAGCGCACCAAUUACAUAUUAAUACUAAAAAUGUAUCCAUAAAAAAAGCAAGCUUUUCAAACUUAGGUCAUAUUGUUGUAUUAUAUCACAAUGAUAGUGUACAAACUUGGAUGCUUAAUCAGUUGGAUACAGAUACAAAAUUAGAUAUCAAGAAAUUUAGUAUACGUAAUAUAAAAGACUUUGUUUUUACGCAAAAUGGAAGAGCUAUGAUAAUAGCUAGUACUCAAAACAAAAUCAUUGUUUUAAAUACAUAUAACUGGAAUAUGAUCAAAAGUUGGAGUUUACCGGAAAAAUUCAUUGGUGUAAAACAGAUGUCAAUUGUACCUUUGCCAUUAGAUAGCGGUGCUAAUCAAAUAUUAGCAGUUAUUUCAUCAAAUUGCAUGGUCUACAUUCUUAAUUUAAAUUUGUCACGUUUCAUUCAUAUGAAACAUGAAAUCAAUAACGUUAAAAAAAUAGUAGUUUCUUCGGAUGGUAGAUAUAUGACGAUUAUUGAUAAACAAGGAUUCUUGAAAUUAAUACUUUGUGACAAAUUGUUUUCUUCAGAACCAAUGCGAACAGAAAAAUUAGAAAAAUUAGAAAACAAAUGUAGACCUAAAGCUCACAAAAUAAAUGAUCAUCUUCAAUGUAUCAGACAAAAUAUAAAACAAGAAUUACAUCUCGAUAGACUAUUACUGAUUUUACAAGAAUUUGGAACAUUUCCUGACAAAUAUCGUCCUCUUAUCUGGUCUACGAUAUUAAAACUUCCAGCCAAUAAAACUGCAUUCAUCUCUUUAAUGAAUAAUGUAACGCAAAGAGAAGUUUCUUUAAACUUUCUUAAAAAUUAUCAUUUAGCUGAUCGCAGUAAGGUAUCAUUAUUAACAAUGAUAAUAGAUUGUUUAAUACAAUGGUGUCCUUUACUUGCUCAGACUUCAUUUUUGCCAAAUCUAAUAUUUCCAUUUCUUAUGGUAUUUCAGAAAGAUCAACUAUUUGCUUUGGAGCUUGUUUUAAGUAUACUAGUAAAUUAUUGUCAAAAAUGGUUCGAAUAUCACCCCUUACCGCCUUUAAAUAUUUUGGGUAUUAUUGAAAAUAUUCUAUUGAGAGCAGAUCCACAACUGCUAAAUGUUUUUUGCGAACGUGGUAUAACAUCUAUAGAAUAUGCAUGGCCGUUACUGCAAACAACAAUGAGUGAAGUAUUGUCUGGUGAUGAGUGGCUUAUUUUGUGGGAUCAUUUAUUAUCUUUCCAAACAUCUACUCUUUUUCUUAUGUGCAUUAUUGCCUAUAGCAUUUGUUCGCGUAAUAUUAUUUUCAUGUUGCAUACGGCUGAAGAUUUAAAGCGUUUCUAUAGGACGCAAGGGCAUAUUAGAGCUAAAGAGUUGUUAAAAGUAGCGCAACACCUUGAUCAGGACGUUCCACAUCGACUGCAUCCUAAUCUUUAUCUUAGGAAUAAGUUAAUACAAUUGCCAAAGAAAGGACCAUAUCCUCCGUUUGUAUUAGAAGAUUAUCCAAAAUUUCUUACCGAAGAAUUAAAUAUCUCUCAACUUCAAAAGCUUCAAAAACAAAAACAAAUCUUGCAGAGGUACAAACAACAAGCUGUAUUAACAGAGGAAAAAAGAUUAAACAAUGCAGCGAAGACUUUUAUGGAAGAAAUUCAUAAAAAAAGACUUCAUGAAGUAAAGAAAUCUUUUCAAGCACAAUUAUAUAAUAAAGAAUUAGAAUUAAAUGAAAUAAUGGAACAAAUGAAAGGAGAAGUAGCAUCAUAUAAACAUAUGGAAAGAAAACUUUCUCAUAUUUUAACAAAUUCAGAAUCAGAAACAUAUAGUAGUACAGAUUCAGAAAAUACUUCAAAAAUGAAUAACAAAGAAUUAAGAAAUUGUACAAAACUGCAAAGAGAUGUAGCUAGAUUAGAAGAUGAAGUACAAAAUGUUUUAGACGAAUUGAGAUGUAAUAGACCGACUAGUUAAUAUUAUUUAAUUUUAAAUAUAUAUUCCUUAAUAUUUAUUUAAAAAUU